GCAGCCGCACGCUCUUCACAUUGUGUUGAGCUUCACACAUCUGCCACUUCCUCCAACCUUUGGUGAAGGAGAUUCCAGACCCUCAAGAAAACAUGGCAUUCAACGGAACAUGGCAGGUUUACUCUCAGGAGAACUACGAGGAGUUCCUCAGGGCCAUGGACCUCCCAGAGGAUAUCAUCAAGAUGGCAAAGGACAUCAAGCCAAUUACUGAGAUCAAGCAGAGUGGCAACGACUUUGUUAUCACCUCCAAGACCCCAGGAAAGUCUGUGACCAACUCCUUCACCGUCGGCAAAGAGGCUGAUAUCACCACCAUGGACGGCAAGAAGAUCAAGUGCAUUGUCAACAUGGAGGGGGGCAAACUGGUCUGCAACACUGGCAAGUUCUGUCACAUCCAAGAGCUAAAGGGAGGAGAAAUGGUCGAGACAUUGACCAUGGGCUCAGUCUCUCUCAUCAGGAAGAGCAAGAAGAUGUAAACUUCGAUGUGUAGAAACCAAAGUCUAUUUAAAAUAAAAGUGUUAAUUAAAUAA